AUGUAAAUAACACCUAAAGCAUUAACUGCUUUACAGAAACUAUUAUCUAUUAAUACACCAAUUUAUCCACAAGAAAUACGAAAUCAUGAGCACUCAGAUUCAUAAAGCAAUUAAAAAUCUCAGUAAUGUUUGAGUAGUGGUUAACCAGAUGCUAUAAAAAAUAAGCUAAAAUAAAAAAUUGCUAGUCCAAAGGAUGGAAUAGAAUCUCUUUUAAGACAUAGUAUAAAUAAAGCUUCAUUAAAUGGCAAAGGUUAAGGGAAUGUAAAAAAUGAGUUAAAUCAUGUUUUCAAACUAAAUCAAAAUGUAAAAGAAAAUACCAUAAAAAGAAAUGGAAAUACAUUAAAUUAACUUCUAUAACCUUAAACAAAUCUACCUUAAAAAGAGUAAAGCGCAAAAAUUGAUUAUAAAAAAAAAAGACCUCCUUAAUUAGGUGAUUUUGUUUAAGAUGAUGAUCAUGCGUAAUUAAAAAAUAUUAUGACAUCCAAAAGUCUUUAAAGAAGUCCAAAUAAUAUCAAUAAAAUUGCAUCAGGUAUAUCUAUUUAUUUAUACUUAAGGCUUUUUUACUAGUACUCAUAACAAAUAAAAUCAUAUGAAUGUAUUUGGUUCAUUAAAUGAAGUCCUUAGAUAAUACAUUUAAUAAAAAAGUCAUAAAAAAUGUAUGAGAUUUAUUUAUAUUAGAGAAUGGUACUGCUAGAAAUCUAGAAGAAAAAUAAAAUUGUGAAAAUAAAUUGAAUUCAGCAGAAAAGAAAAGAAUAGCAUCAUCAAAAUAAAUUAAUUUUAAUAAUCUUCUUUAAGAAUUAUAUUUAAAAACAUCUAAAAUUUUAAAUUCUUAUUAAACAAAAGAAGCAUUAUGGAAAUAAGAAAAGAAUAGUUUAAAGGAGGAAGUUAAAUUUUUAAAAUAGUUAUUAUAAUAAUAACAAGAAGAAUCUAAUUAAAAAUAUAAGAAAUGA